UAUUUUAGCAUAUCUGGAGGUGAGCUGUUCGAGCGUGUCGUGGCCGACGACUUCACGUUGACAGAGCGAGAUUGUAUCCUAUUUCUGAGGCAGAUUUGUGAGGGAGUGAGCUACAUGCACCAGAGUCAUGUCGUGCACUUGGACCUCAAGCCAGAGAACAUAAUGUGCCACACAAGAACAUCUCACAGAAUCAAAAUCAUAGACUUUGGCCUGGCCCAGAAGUUAGAAUCUGGCACUCCAGUGAGAGUACUAUUUGGAACUCCAGAGUUCAUCCCUCCAGAAAUCAUCAACUACGAGCCUAUCGGUGUAGAGUCCGAUAUGUGGUCAGUUGGAGUCAUCUGCUACGUAUUGUUAUCUGGCCUCUCACCUUUCAUGGGAGACAAUGAUGCAGAAACGUUUGCCAACAUCACGAGAGCCGACUAUGACUUUGAUGAUGAGGCUUUUGAUGCCAUCUCUCAAGAUGCGAAGGACUUCAUCAGUGCCCUUUUGAUUAAAAGGAAAGAGAAGAGGCUGACUGCUGAGGAGUGCUUGCAGCACAAGUGGCUGACCCAGUGUGAUAUGACCAUGAGCUGUGUUAAACUGAGCACUGACAAACUGAAAAAGUUCAUCAUCAGGCGAAAGUGGCAGAAAACAGGGAACGCGAUACGGGCUCUGGGCCGAAUGGCAACGUUGUCUGCCGCCAGUCGCCGCAACUCGAGUGGCUCGACCCCACCCUCUCCCCGCCCGAGCCUGGCCACUUCACGCUUGUCCAGCCUUGGCGAGGAGGAGUCGGAUGCUAACAAGACUAACCGCGCGCGCAUGUGUAGUGAGCGUAGUGACAGCGGUAUCAGUGACUGCAGCUCUAUUAACACAUGUGCCGCACGUCCACUGCUCGGCAAGAAAUACUCCAUCUGCGAAGAACCCGAGUGUGACCCCAGUAGUUACAGUAGACCCGGUGUGAACACUAACCGAUCGUGUGACGGUGUCAAUGGUAAGUUAACUUCUGGUGUUUCUGUCACAGCCAAGAUACGAUCGACAAGUAGCUUAAGGCCGCGUGCUGAGCCGCCGGCCAAAGCGCCUUCACCCACGCUUCAAAAGGACGCUAAACUCUUCAGCAAAAAUGAGAACUUCCAAAAGGCCUUUGCCUUUUGGAAACAGUAACAAUCAAAUGUACAAACACCUCGUCCGUUGCCAAAGUUAUUGUUAAUUUGGAAACUGUUCUAUUUCGAUAGAACAGUUCAUGUUUUCUGUUUAGUCUGUUAUUGUUUAGUUAACUAUUGUUAUGCUUAUAGCUGAGUAAAUAUAUAGCUUUUAACAUCUGUUAUCAUACUGAUAACUUAUUUCAUAUCAUUUAUUAUAUUGUGUCCUGUAUUGUUACUAUUAGUGUCAGUAAAUUAAAAUUUUAUUUAAAAAAUUA